UAUAUUACCGGUAAUAGACUUGUAUCUUUUUCUGUACAAUAUGGACCAUAAAGUAAGAAUGAUUUAGUUUUCUAUUGAAUAUCAGAGGGAUUUCUGGAAUGAUGGCACCGCUUUUAGAAGAAGAAGAGAAUUAUAUCAGAUUAGCCUUGUUAUUGAAAGGAGUGUCACCAAGAGCAGUCCGUACUUUCUUUGACAAAGAAUUUCCACCUACACAUCUACCAUCAACAUUAAAUAAAAACUACAAUACUCUCUACGACUUGAAUUUAAAAAGAAUCUUGAACCAGGCUCAGUGGAAUCUUUUGUUUCCAAAAAAUGGUGUACCUGAUUCCAAAACUUUUGAUGUAACAUUGAUGAUCUGUUUGACCAGAAACUUGACAUCUGUCACUCCUCCAAUCAAUGGAUUUGACAAGCUACCACUACCAGGGGAGACAACUCCAGGGCCUGAUCUUGCCAGGAUUAAAUGGUACAGAAAUAUAUUAGCUCAUCAUGAUAGUAACACUAUGCCAACAUGUGAUUUCAAUACAGCAUGGAGAAAUGUAGUAGAUGCUGUAAGUCGAUUGGGUGGUGUGUCAAUGAAUCAGGAGUGCCAAGAUCUAAAAGUAAAAAUGUUAGAUCAGUCAAACCAGGAAAUUAUGCUGGAAAUCAAACAAUCACAGGAAGAAAUGAAGGAACUGAGACGAACAAUGGACAUUGAAAACUCAACCAUCAGGGAAAAUCUGAGAGAUCUGCAAGAUUCCCAUAAUACUUUACAGACAGAAAACUCAAGAGCUACAGAAAAUCUAAGAGAUUUGCAAGAUUCCCACACUUCUUUACAAACAGAGCACUCAAGCACUAUGAAAAAUCUGAUAGAUCUGAAAGAUUCCCAUAGUACUUUACAAAUUGAACACUCAAAAGUCACAGAGAUGUUAAAAGACCCAAUACCAUGGAACAUAAGAGAACAAAUUACUGAGAAAUUAGAAAGUUGGAAAGAAGAUGACAAAACAUUUAUAGAAACAAAAGGAGCAAAAAGUGUAUUAAAGUAUAUUAAAGAAAACUGUUGUGUUGUUGUCACAGCAAGUUCUGGUACUGGAAAAUCAUCAUUGGUGCGUCAUGUAGCUUUACAGAUGCAAAAUGAAGGCUAUGAGAUUUUACCAGUAUCAAAUCCUAAGGAAAUCAUCAAGUGGUACAAUCCAAUUAAGAAGAUAUUGUUUGUUGUGGAUGAUUUUUGUGGAACAUAUAGUUUAAAUCCAAUGGAGUUUGAAAACUGGAAAAAUUUGAUGGAAAAAAUUAAAGCAUUAAUAGAAAAGAAACCAGUGAAGUUAAUUAUGUCUUGUAGACUACAGGUUUAUAAGGAUGGACAAAUGAAAUCGUUGUCAUUCUUUCAAGCGUGUGAAUGCAAUCUUCUGUCUGCCGAUUUGUGUUUAUCAAACUCAGAAAAACAAUGCAUAGCUAAUUACUACCUGAAAACAAACUCUUCUAAGGUUAAUGAAUUUUAUGACAUGUAUGACUGUUUUCCUCUUUUGUGUCAGUUACACAGCAAAAACCCAAAACUGAACAUUAUAGAUUUCUUUACGAAUCCAUUUACAGUUUACAAAGAAGAGAUAGAUAAAUUACAGUUAGGAGCACAUGGAAAAUAUUGUGCACUUGCACUAUGUGUAAUGUUUAACAAUCAGUUGAAAGAAGAAUGGCUUACUGAAGAUGUGGAUGAAAACAUCAAAACAAUUAUAAAGAACACAUAUGAAGCUUGUAAAGUGGUUGAAGGGACGUCAAGAUUGGUUCUACGUGAUGAGCUGGAUUCACUUACUCAUACAUUUAUCAGAAAGGAUGGUGAAGUGUACAGAACUAUACAUGACAAGCUGUUUGACUUUCUUGCUUUUUACUUUGGUAGUGAAAUGAUUUAUUGUUUAAUUAAUAAUGCUACAAGUCAAUUUAUUAGUGAAAGAUUUUUAUAUGAAAGAAAAAAAAAAAGUGAUGAAUUGACAAUUAUUUUACCAACGAGAUAUCAGCAAAUGUAUAUAAACAGAAUGAUAGAUGACUGGUCAAGAGGAGAGGUAGUGGAUGUCUUCUGUAACAUCAAUAUGGACAAUUGUAUCUUCAGACAACAAUUCCUAGUAGGUAUUCAAGGCUUAGCAAUAUCACAACAAAAACAAUUGGCCAGUUCAUAUGACACUGAUAACAAAGGUACUCCAUUGAUACAGUGUUGUUUUAUAGGAGAUAUGGAUUUAGUUAAAUGGUGUCUACAUCAUUGUGUCAGUAAUGUAAACCAUUGUCGUAAUAUUGAUAAGGUAUCACCUCUGUACAUUGCUUGUCAGGAAGGACAUACUGAAGUAGUUAAAAUGUUAAUAAACAAUAAGGUAGACAUUAAUAAGUGUAGAGAUACUGGAGCAUCACCUCUGUACAUUGCUUGUCAGGAAGGACAUACUGAAGUAGUUCAGAUGUUAAUAAACAAUAAGGCAGACAUUAAUAAGUGUAAUGAUAAAGAAGUAUCACCUCUGUACAUUGCUUGUUAUAAAGGACAUACUGAAGUAGUUCAGAUGUUAAUAAACAAUAAGGCAGACAUUAAUAAGUGUACAGAUACUGAUGGAUUAUCACCUAUAUUUAUAGCAUGUUAUAAAGGCCAUGCAGAGAUUGUUGAAUUGUUAUUGAAACAUAAAGCAGACUGUUACCAUAAAUGGAAAGGACUUACACCGUUAAAUAUUGCUAGAAGAGAAAACCACAAAAAUAUUGUACAUUUAUUAGAGAGAUGGAACAAACAAUCAAUAUAAUUAUUAUGCAUAGCAGUGGUUUAAGGACAGUAAUCAGAACACUAAAUUGUAAAACACUUGCUUCAAGUUUUUAUUUCGCAAUAUUAAAAUAAUGCAAUUUUAA